CUCUUUUCUUCUCUUCUCUUCUCUUCUCGUCUUGUCUGUAAAGCGGCGCAUCUCGUCCGGCACCACCACCACCGGCCACCGCCACCGCCACCGCCGGAAGAAAGGGAGGGAAGAAAGGAAGGUCGGAAUCGGAUCAAACAAGGAGCAAGCAAAGCAAGAUCCAACCAGACCCAAGAUCCAAGCAGACCAAACCAAGAUCCAAGCAAACUAUCAAACCAAGAUCCAAGCAGAACAAACCAAACCCAAGAUCCAAGCGGGAAGGGAGGAUGCUGCGGCGGCACAGAGGGAAGGGGAAGGGGAAGGAGUCGGCGUCGGCGUCGGCAGGGUCGGAUUCCACCAACUUGUUCUACGAGCUACGCCCCGACUGCGCACACAACGUUCCCGACACCAAGUUCAAGAUCAAGAUUGGCAAGACGCUGAGCGUACGGAAAUGGCACGCCGCAUUCACGCACCACGGAUCCCUCAACAUCUCCUCUGUUCUAACCAGGAUACAGAGCGGGGGUGUGCACCCAGCAAUCAGGGGAGAGGUCUGGGAGUUCCUGCUUGCCUGCUUCCAUCCCGACAGCACCUUCGAUGACCGCGACCACAUCAGGCAAGCAAGAAGGAUACAGUAUGCUACAUGGAAGCAACAAUGCAAACACAUGGAUCCUCACGUUGGCAGCGGCAAAAUCAUCACUGCCCCCAUCAUAACCGACCAUGGCCUGCCUAUCAACGACCCUUUGGUCUUACUCGAAGCCACUACCACACACCACCACCAGCCCAGCACCAGCAGCAAUGGAAGAGAGCUGGAUAAAGACACCAUCCAGUGGAAGCUUACGCUACACCAAAUCGGUCUUGAUGUUCUACGCACUGACCGCUCCAUGCUCUUCUAUGACAAGAAAGAGAAUCUCUCCAAGUUAUGGGAUAUUCUAGCUGUAUACGCGUGGAUCGACAAAGAAGUUGGUUACUGCCAAGGAAUGAGUGAUUUAUGCUCACCGAUGAUAGUGCUUCUCAGUGACGAAGCAGACGCGUUUUGGUGCUUUGAGAGGCUCAUGCGUAGACUGCGAGGGAAUUUCAGAUGCACACAGCAAUCUGUUGGGGUUGAGAACCAGCUUCAGCACCUUGCCUCUAUCAUUCAGGUGUUGGACCGAAAGCUACAUGACCACCUAGAAACACUUGGCGGGGGCGACUAUCUCUUUGCAUUCCGUAUGUUCAUGGUAUUGUUUCGGCGUGAGUUGUCAUUCGGGGACUCCUUGUACCUUUGGGAGAUGAUGUGGGCCCUAGAAUAUGAUCCUGACAUGUUCUCGACGUAUGAAGAGAGCGGGCCUGCAACCGACACAAGUACUCAAGGAUAUAAACCAAGAGUAGUAAAAUCAACCCGUCAGUUUGGCAAGUACGAGAGGGCGAAUAUGAAGAGCGCUACUAACUGUGUUGAUGGCCCUGUCCCUAUUUCUGUUUUCCUGGUUGCUAGUGUGUUGAAAGAGAACAGUCAGAAGCUGCUGCAAGAAGCCCGAGGGUUAGAUGACAUUAUCAGGAUAUUGAACAAUGUUAAUGGGAACUUGGACGCAAAGAAGGCUUGCGCUGGUGCACUGAAACUUCACGCCAAGUACCUUAGAAAGAUGCAGGGAAAGAAAUCCUAACAUAACACAGACAAGGACACUUGUGUUGUCACAAUUGUAGCACCUGGACACGGACACGGACACGGUCUCGGUCUUAAAAUUGUAUGUAAAUUUGCAUGCAGAGCAUUUUCGGUGGCAUCUUUGUUGCUUGGAAACCUUGAAGUUUCAGAUAUGCGCCACCCAGCCAACCAACCAACCAACCAAAAAAAGUGUAUAAGCAAGUCAAGUGUAUUUGUCUUGGUUUUCCAAGUGUAAGGAAGAUUCUUUGUUUUUGAUCAAAAGAAGAAGAAAAAUAUUUGCGUGUAA